AAAGGCAUUGUCAUUGUUACAGUUCUAAGUUCUCCUAUAAAUUAUAAUCUGUUGUUAAAUUUCUACAAAUCAUUGGUGUCGAGACGAUUAUUGAGAUUAUUCUUUUUUUGGUAGGAUAUGGUUUUUUUUUUAUUUUUCAUAGUCGGAUAUAUAAGCUCCUCCGCCCCGAAACUUUCUCACAGUGCUGUAGUUAGUUCCCACCCAAAAACACAAUGGCCGCCAUUCUCUCGCACCCUUCCUCCGUUCGAUCAUCAGACGCAGCUUCUCUCUCAUCAGCCUCUUCUUUCUCUCUCUCCGGUCAAUAUCCCCGGCAGUCGUUGCGCUGUCCGGAUAUUUCCGUGUCUUCUCCGGCUUGUAUCCCGACGAUCCGUCGACGAAUCUCCUGUCAGACCUCCGAGAUUUCAACAACUCCAUCCUCCGUCAAUGGAAAAGGUUUGUUACCAGCAAAAGCAGGCCUCAAGGACUUUCUUCACAUUAGUGACUUCAACAAAGCUACUAUUUUGAAGAUCUUAGACCGAGCCAAAGAGGUCAAGGCACUCCUAAAAUCACGAGAGAAUACUUAUCUCCCAUUUAAAGGGAAAACAAUGGCAAUGAUUUUUGCCAAGCCAUCCAUGAGGACGCGAGUUUCAUUUGAGACUGGAUUUUACUUGCUUGGUGGCCAUGCUUUGUACUUGGGACCGGAUGAUAUCCAGAUGGGUAAGCGGGAGGAAACUCGCGACGUAGCCCGUGUGCUGUCUCGCUACAAUGAUAUCAUUAUGGCCCGUGUCUUUGCUCAUCAGGACAUCCUGGAUCUGGCUAAAUAUGCUACUGUACCUGUGGUCAAUGGUCUGACAGACUACAACCAUCCCUGUCAAAUAAUGGCUGAUGCACUCACUAUAAUUGAACACAUUGGCCAGUUGGAAGGAACUAAGGUUGUCUAUGUCGGAGAUGGAAACAACAUUGUGCACUCUUGGCUUUUGCUAGCUUCACUUAUUCCUUUACAUUUUGUCUGUGCCUGCCCUAAAGGUUUUGAACCUGACAAGAAGACAGUUGAGAAUGCGCAACAGGCUGGGGUCAGCAAAAUUGAAAUAACUAAUGAUCCAAAAGAAGCUGUUAGAGGAGCUGAUGUCGUGUAUUCGGAUGUUUGGGCUAGCAUGGGGCAAAAGGAAGAAGCUUCAUAUCGCCGUCAAGUAUUUAAAGGAUUCCAGGUGGACGAAGAUCUUAUGCAGAUAGCAGGACCAAAAGCUUACUUUAUGCACUGUUUACCAGCAGAACGAGGUGUGGAGGUUACUGACGUGGUUAUGGAAUCUCCAAAAUCCAUUGUCUUCCCCCAAGCUGAGAACCGCAUGCAUGCUCAGAAUGCGAUCAUGCUCCAUGUGCUUGGCCUGUGAUUGAACAAACACUCCCCUAAGUGGCUCCAUUUCAAACCUCGGGUGUUCCAGUUGUUUCUCUUUGCUUUUGUAUUCUCAUGCCAUUUAGUCUUUACGCUACAUGGUUUCUUUUCGAUGAAGAUCGAGUGAGAAUGAACUUCAAAUAUCGGAACUACAGGUGAACUAUCUUCAUCUUUGCUCUGGUCUAGUGGACAUGUAAUGGGUGGGUCUUUCCGUGGAAUUAGAUCUUGAUUUCAGAACAUGAAGCAAAUGAAUAAAGUAGUUUUUGCGGUUUGCACACUGUAUCCAUAGGAUAUGAUUGCACCACAUGUCCAAGGCCUCUCUUUUAAGAUAGAAGUUUACCUCUCUUCUGAGUUGAAGUUGCUCCAGACCCGUGGACGAACAUACUAUAUAUGAUGGACGUCUUGACAAUACAAACCAACUAAGGUGGAUUCGGCUAUCAUUAUUUUGUAUUCAUUAAGGUGGAUUCGACAAAGUUUUAUGGUCAUUGUUGGUAACUUAACAUGACUCUCUUUCUUUAUUCUAGUUUGGGACAAACAGGGUAGAAUGCAGCAUUGAGAAAAAUUAGAAUAAUAUGUGUUCGAGGCGAUCGAAAUCAAUCAAAAAUGAUC